CAAAUAACAUUAUUAUUAUCAAAAUGUUGAUUGUCAUUGUGACGAAGUUUGGAGCCUGAUGUUUUAGUUACGUAACUGUUUACACUGAUGCUGCUAGUGCUGAUGAAGAUUGUCAUCAUUUUGAUGCAUUUAAUUGGUACUGGACAAGCUAAUAGAGAGAUAUCAAUUGUCAUACUUGCGAGCGAUAUGAUGGAUGGAACCGGGGGAAGGGAUUGAAUUGAGACAAAAUCCAUUUUGAGCCAGUUAUCAUCAGUUUAGAGCACGAGCAGCAAAUAUGAGUUCACUUGAACCAAAUGUGUUAUGUGAGGAUUAUGUCAAGAAGGUGCUUCAAGAUAUUGUCGAGAAGCAACAGAUACACGUUCCGGAAUACACGAUAUGCGCAGGCUCCGCCAAAGGCGACGGUUUCCUGAGUUUUAUGACCAAAGUCGACGUGAAGAGCAAAGAUAAAGAUCUUCACUUGAUCAUAAAGUGCGCCCCAAAAUCUGAGGAGUUUCGAUCCAUUGUUCCAAUACGUACCUCUUUCCUCCGGGAGAUCGAUUUCUACGAGAACAUCUAUCCAGUCAUGGAUGAGUUCCAGAAGGAGAAGGGCAUCGAGGAUCGUUUCGAAAGCAUUCCAAAAUUGUACAAAUCCAUUCAAAUGGAUAAAGAAGAGAUCAUCGUGCUGGAAAAUAUACGAGAACACGGUUUCCAAUUAUGGGAUCGGAUGAAUCAGUUCGACGAUGCCCAUUUCCAGAUGCUCUUUAAAGAGUACGCCAAAUUCCAUGCCAUUUCGUUCGCCCUCCAACAUUACAAAUUGGAAAAGUACUACGAUUUGAGCAAAGAUUUAUUCGACAUGUUCACGCCGGGCAUCUUCAGCUUCGAGUUUUUCACGGCGUACCAAAUGAGCAUCGAGCAAAUCAAAAACUUCUACCAGGACGACGAAAUCAAACGCGACCUUUCGCAGUUGAAGGACAACGUCAUGAAAUACUUCGAACACAUUAUCAACAAUAAAGGUAAACAAGUCGUCAUCACACACGGCGAUUGCUGGAGCAGCAACAUGAUGUUCAAAUACAACGAUCAGAACAACCCGGAAAAACCCACAGAUCUCCGCUUGCUCGAUUUUCAAUUGGUUAGGAAAGGUUCUCCAGUCUUGGAUCUCUCAAAUUUCUUCUACGCUGGAGCUCCAAAACACCUACUCAACAAACUCGACCAUUACCUCAAGUAUUAUCACUCAGUUCUUUCCAAGCAGCUGAAGAUGUUCGGAAUUGAAGUGGAGCAUUUCAUCACCUUCGAGGAGCUUAAGAAUGACUGGAAGAUCUACAGCAAGUUCGGUUAUCUCAAGGCCAUAUUAUUAAUCAAGGGGUCGUUGAGGGAACCCGACGAAAUCAUCGACAACGCAGAUUUAAGCGCGAACAGCAAUAUGUCCUUAUCCGAAACAUUCUGUUUGGAAUUCAAAAAUCAGGAACAAAUAAACGAAAGGCUCAAAGAUCUGACCGAUCAUAUGCUUGAAAACGGUCUCAUCCGAGUUGAGUAUUAAUGUGUGCAAAAUAUUCAAAUAGAUUACUGAAAUGCACAACUCAUCCUCACUUGUUGUUAUUCACAUCAGAUGUAUCUGAGCAAAUCUCGUGCACAAAUAAUUAUUUAAACAACAUACGCACACAAUGCAUACGUGAUACAUUUAUCAAAAUUCAAACAAUAUGCAAAGAAUGCUCACAAUUAAUUUGUUAGUUAUAUAUCAUCAUCUUAUGAUUCUAAAUCAACCAUUAAAUUAAAUUACGACAGUGGUGGUAUUGUGAUUUCCCAAUACGCGCAGAUUUCAGUUUGUUGGAUAUACUUCCAACAUUGCACCUGAUACCCCACCACUAUGUAUAAAUCACACUCGAAUCACUAUUGAAACUCAAAUCAUAUAUGUGAUUUUUAACGAUUUAAAACGAUGUAAAUAUGCAAUACAGAGAAUGGUAAUUGUUAAGGGGUGGCGUAUAUGUGAGAUUGUUGCUCAUUUAGCCAGAAAAUACAAAAUAUAUACAUGAUGUUUACAAAUUAGAAUAAAAAAAAGGUUUUUUUUAUGGUAUGUGCUUAUAUGCAAGCUGAAGAAAAAUGAUGAACAAUGGUGUGUGAUACGUAAUAUAGACAUUAAGUUAAUUGGUUGGAGAAGGUUUGGGUCUGGGUGAAGGAACAUAGGUUUGAUGGUGCUUAGAAAUUUUGCUAUUUCUGGGAUUUUAUUUUUGGGUUUGCGAGUGCUGGCGUCAUGUCGGCCUUGGAGUUUGUUGAUAAUGUCUGAGAUUUUGGGAUCAUAUA